AUGUCGUCAUCUUCCCAGGGCAAGGGUCGCAUGCUCUCGCCGUCAGCGCCUUCAGCGCCUUCAGCAGCACCAGCGGCGCCGGUGGCAGGACCGAGCGCGAGUGGGCGUCAUCAUCACGCCGUGUCGUCCGUCGGCGGUAGCACCAGUCGCAGCAUCCCGUCCGGACCGUUCCCAAAGGUACGUCGGGACAUUCAGCGCCUACUUGUGAAGAGCACCUUCAUCCUGCUUCGGAGCAAGAGGCCCCCCCGCGCCCCGCCGCCAGACCUGAACUGACUUGCAUCGCAUUCGCGUGUAUUGAUACAUCCAUUCGUGGCCUCGGAUUGCCUCGCUCCUUUCCGCCCUCUUCAUCGCACAUGACCCACCCCAGGUAUCCAAACCGUCGACCUCCAAGUCAAAUGCAUCGUCAUCCUUCUCGCUCGAGCUCGUGCCAUCCAAACACGCGCGACAAGAGCCGUCCCAAUCGCACUCUUCUCGGUCGCAGACUCGAGCUCCGGCUACAGCUCAGCGCAAGCCGAGGCCAACCUCGAAAACGGCUUCAACGUCCAAGCCAGCUUUGAAGUCCCAACCGGUCAAAGCACAGCCAAGUUCGAUGCUACGGCUCCAAGACGAUGCGAUUCCACCCACCGAAGCCUCAUCGUCGUCAUCUUCAUCCGACGAAGAAUCCUCGUCCGAGGAUGAGCUGCUCCUCCAUGAAGCCAGAGCCAAGUCUCGACGUAGCCAGCUCCCCGGUCCCGCCGCUACUGCUUCCCGCGCAGGCUCAGCCCCACUUCGCCUUGCACGCAACAACAUCAAGACCAAAGCCAAGGUUAAGCCUCCACCACGAAUGCUCAAAGCUCGAUCCAACAAGACAAAGGAGGUGACCAUCGUCAGCACUGUCCGAGGCGACGACGACUCUAGCAUGGAAUCGUCCUCUCCAGAUGAAUCUGCCUCGGAGUCAUCAUCCGGCUCAACAUCGGACUCGGAAACGGAGUCAGGUUCGGGAUCGUCUUCAUCCGCCUCGUCUUCUCGACCACGGCAGCCUCCGAAGAAGAAACGAUUGAUCGCUCGAUCUGAAUCGUCGAAUUCCGAGUCGUCGUCCUCGCACUCCUCCACGAGAGCCUCGAUGUCGCCCAAAGCGCGAGUUCGGGUCAUCGCACCGCCUUUAACCACCAAGAAGGAGCAAAUCCAGACGAAGAGACCGCGGGCCCCUUCACCUUCAUCGAGCGCCUCGCCGUUGGAAGACUCCUCGGAGGACUCGGAAUCGCUUUCGAACUCGGCCUCGUCCGCUUUGUCGAAGGCACCACCGCCUAUCGCGAAAGCAAGUUUGUCCUCCUCCGAGUCCAGCAGUGGCCGAUCAAGCUCCAGUACUUCGUCAUCGAGCUCUUCGACGUCGGAUGCGCCGGCCGCGCUUUCGCCCCCACCGCUCAAGGUGACAAGGGAGCGCCCUCGCAUCAUUGACAGUUCGAACGAGGAAAGCGACAGCACGUCUUCUUCUUCCUCCUCCUCCUCCUCUUCUUCUUCUUCCAACGAAGAUGAGAGACCCAUCAAGUCGAUCAAAGCGCAAAAGUGUUCUCCAACUGCAGUCCCCUACAAGCGCAACAAGGUCGAAACGCUACCCCGGAACUCUGGGUCCGAGAUGAUGCCAGAGGCACAAGCAGCGCGUACGACUUGCGCAUCUGCACGCCGCAGUAAGAAUGCGGUACGACGCAAGACGGCAACUGCACAGCGUCCGCAACUUGUGGAGCGAGCGCAACAUGUCAAGCCUGCUUUGGAAGCGGAGGGGACCUUGGCCAAACCCCAGAAGUUGUCGACGCCAUCUGCCAGAGCCGGAGCCGGACUGAGCCGAGACCGAGAUACUUCGACGGGUAGUAGCCCGAUAGUGCAACGAGGUGGGCAUAUUCGGCAUUUGUAGAUGGCUUCCCUGAGCUGACCUUUUGGUUUCAUCGCUCUGCAACAGCUGCCCGGGAUGGCCCGACCGCUUCAGCCUCUCAGGCGAACAAGCGGAUCAGUCAAACUGCGAGUGCCGCUUCGAGGCUGCAUGCACCUCCACCCCCUGCGCAGGCCCCGGCCUCGAGUUUGGCAUCCGCCCCCAACUCCCGUGUCGUAUCUGCUCGCAAGCCCCAGGCCGAGCACGCCUUCCAAUCUCCUGAGACAUAUGCUCCCAAACGCGAGGCAGCAUCUGCCGCGCCAGCACCAGCGGCACGUCCAGCUGUGGUCCCCAAACCCUCGACCGCUGCCCGGCCUCCUCGGUCUGCGAUACGCUCUUCAACCUUCGAGCUUGUUGUCCCAGUGAUGCAACUCCCUCGCAAGAAGCGCAAGGCAGACUAUCAACCCCAAGUGAGGGUCCCUCGGUCCCCGGUGACCUCACCAGUAGUCCAGCCCAAUCUCGAUGGCGUUGCCGCCAGCUCGACCCUGGGUGUCGCGAUGGAACAAAGUGGAUCUACGUCGAGCGCGUCGACGUCGAGCGCAUCGAGUUCGGGGACGCCAUUAUCUAGCACAUCGAUGGCACCGGUAUCGACGCCUACGGAUCAUCGAAUGGGCUCAACGGUCGUCGACACGAAGCCUAUUGUCCGCAAAUUGGACAUGGCUUUGGCUCCCGAGCCUGUGCCACCUCUGGCACCUGUUGCACCUCUGGAGCCCAUCAUAUCUGUUGCCUCCGCUGGCCCCGUCGCCCUCGUCCCCCCCGUUGCUCCCGUUGCUCCCGUGACCCCCCUCGCGUCCAUUGCGCCAGCUGCACCAAUCGCUCCUGUUGCACCGGCCGUGCCCCUUGCACCGGCCGCUCCCGCUAUAUCUGUUGAGCCUGUCCGGUCCUUUGCGCACGUCGUUGUCGCCACACCUACCGCUGUUGCCGCACCCGUCGCAUCCGUAGCGCCUGUCACACAAGCCGCACCCGUCAUUGAUGGCCGACCCACUUUGCGACCACUUAGUGGACCUCCCGGCAUCGAGUUGCGCAACGUCGCGCCACGCGCACCGCCCGACACGCGAUUCAAUCCACUGCUCGAGUACUUUACAAUGCCGGCCCACUUGCUUGGAUACGCUGUCCGACCGUAUGAUCCGAACAACAAAGGCAAGGGCAAGGCCAGGGCGCUAUCGUCGGUUCCACCGGAGCGGCUGCCGACCCCUUCGAUGUUCGCUUCUGUCGACUUCAUGAGUGCCGAAUUAUUUGGCUUGAGGAGGACACAGCGUGUCGCACAGCAGGCUCUUCGACCGUGUGAUGUGCCCGCUCCGUUUUCCGUGACCCCGCUUGCAGCAUCGGCGGCGGCGUCCACCUCGUCAAGCUCUGACGACGACGACGACGACGACGACGACAGAACGGACAGUGACGACCAGGAUGACACCAACCAUCACUUUGACUUCGUCCUCAAUACCAGACGAGGGCAUCCUGAACUUGACAGGCAGCUUCUUUCCUUCGAGAUAGACUACGGCAGUGACAACGAGGAGGAUUUCGCCGAACUCGAUCGAGGUUCGAUCGUGGGCCGGGAGCUUGAAGAAGGGAAAGGGUACACGACACCCUGGCGUCUGGAUGGUAUCGAUGAAGGCAGGCGAGGGAUUACUCGAGCACUCGAGAUCGAUGCCGGAAUGAACGGAAGGUUUUUCGCCGUCGCUAGGCCUACGCCCUCUCACGAGAUGAUCAGAGCAUGGGAAGCCAGCCAAACCAGGCCACCAGCAAAAGCGGAGAAGUCGAAGAAACGCGGCAGCGCCGUUGUCGAGACCGAUUCCGAGUUCGAAAUGGAGGAUAGCGAAGUUGCCGAGGACAGCGGCUCGGAUUACGCCAAGGGUCGUGUCAAGUCGUGUCGAGCGGUUGCAGCUCAAGCGAACGCACGACCGCAGCUAUUCAUUCCGCCACGUCUUCACCGAAAGCCUACGCAUUUCGCAUCGGUUCCGAACCCAUUUGAUCUGGGAACGAGUUCUCAGCCUCCUGCGUUCUCGACCAUUUUGGCUCCUCCAGCAGCACUGCCUCGCUUGAAGCGAGCCAGCGAGCUGGCGGCAAAGGUCUUGCCCAACGAACCAACAGUGCCACCACUUGGGCCAGCCAAUCGCACACUCCCGCAACCUUCUGUCAAUGACGCCGCUCAUCCUGCGAUCCCGCCGAGAUCUCGUUCUACCUCACCCGUCACCCAUCUUGGGCCACAACCAUGGCCAGACUACCAGCCAAACGCUCGGUCGCAGACCCAUACACCGCAGCUUAUUGGCUCUGCACCUCUUCAUCCCGCUCUUCGAGCGACGGUUUCCCCUCACCCUCCCACGACGCACGUAUCUCAGCCAUCAGCAUAUCCGACUCCCUUACCACAACUUUCUUUGUCCCACACCCCCACCUUGGCGUCAACGCGGCUGUCGUCGGCGCACGCCAGUGCUUACAAGCCCGCCAAGGAUCUCGUCCGUAUCCCCAUGGUGAUGCAGAGGAAUGUCUCGCCCUUCCUUUACGUGCCCGCGCUGUCCGCGCCGAUCCCACGCCCAACCUCAUCGUCGAGCGCGCCAGCGACCGGAUCUCGCUCUAGCAUGGAUGCCAUCGGUUCCCGUUCGAAAGUGAGGGGCGUUCCAGGGAUCCGACCGCUCUCCCUCCCUCGCCCCCCCAUCGUCGGUGCCCAUAUGAGCGGUAGUCAACGACCCGUUCAGGCUGAGCCAACCGUCCAGGGUGUGAGGCUCGGCGGUCCUCUGCACGGAGGUGCGACUUCAAGAUGA